UUUCCUAGCGGCAGUGACUUGAAUCAAGGGCAGAGAACUAGAGUUCUCUUCAUUUGACGUGAUGGACGUGACGGAGAUAGAGGAAACAAUCGCCGGUGUCUGGUCAUUUCACAGGGAUGAGAACCUAGAUGGAUACCUGAAAGAAUGCGGUGUGAAUUUCAUCUUACGCAAGCUUGCCCAGGCGGCCUGUCUGUGUAUUACAAUGGUGAUAUCUGUAGAGGAUGGACAGUUACGGAUACAAAAUAAAGGCCCCAAAAACACAGACCACAAGGCUCACCUGGGAACAGAGAUCCAUAUCACAGACUUAAUGCAUAAUCCCAUGAAGGAGGUACAUACGUGGUCUAAUAAUCAGUUGAUCACGAUAUCGAGACCAACAGAGGGGUCUAAAGCACUUCCUACAAAGGUCAUACGGGAACUUGUUGAUGAGCAUUUAGUCAUGACUCUAUUGGUUAACGAUGUUGUCUGUAAAAUGAUUUAUAAACGGAAAUGUUAAUCAGUCAUUGGAGAAAA